UCUUUGUAGUGGCAUAGUCCCAACACUUAAUCUGCCUCCAGGACGUGGUCGCAAACGAAGAAUUACCACUCAAACUACAUGUAGCAAUGAAACUUCCGAUGGUUUUGCAGUAACAUUUUUUGAUGAUUUUGACUGUGUUGAGGAGACUGUAUGUAACAAUGAUCCUUUGGAUGGGGAUGUCAACGACGUACCUCUGUUACCGCCUCCUACAUGUACUUUUGAUCCUAUUAUUACUAUAUCUGAACCUGAGGAAAUGGUGAGCGAGGAAAAUUUUUAUAACUGUAAUAACAAUGUACAAUUGCAUGAUUUUGAUGAUGAUGAGGAGGAGGAAUGUCUCCCAAGCAACAUUUCUAUCCCAUUUUCCAUUCAUACUUUCCCCAGUGAUGCCAUUCAGUAUUACACUGGCUUGGACAAUAGAGAUCACUUCAUGCUUAUUUAUGAUGUUCUAG